GUUAACCCGGAACAGAAACUUUGAACUCCGAGUUUGGACCAAUAGAAGAGAUGCAGGCUGCCGGUGGAAACAACAGCUGGCUCAGAUUGUUUGCUGCUAUGACAGGACGCUGAUUUAAGAGAAAUGAAUGCAAGGAGGAAAGGUGGGAAGCCAAACAGAGGAGGGGGGAGAUUUAACAAACCAAGAGGAGGUGGAGGUGGCGGCGGCGGAGGAGGAGGGAGUCGCAAAGGAGGAGCAGGUCUCUGGGAUGAUGGGGAUGAUUUCAGCCUCGAUUUUGGUCCCUCUCGUUCCAGCAGACCUGGGAAAGGACGAGGUGGUGGUGGUCGUUCUGGUCCCAGAAAUGGAGGUCGAGGAAGGGGUGGGAGGGAUCGAGACAGAGACAGCAGAGGGGAAGGGAGAGGUGGCGGUAAGGCUCUACCAAGAUCCCUGGCGAGUACAAGGAUGCUUCCAAAGUCGGGUGGCAGCAUCAGACAGGAAGCGAGCAACAUGCCCAUGCAGAGGAUCUUCAUGACUAAUGAGAACCAAGAGCAACUCAAGGAGCUCCUGCGGGACCUGCAGACCCUAGACUUCGAUGAGCCCUAUGAUGAAUGUGGGUCAGAUUAUUCGGGGGGUGAAGACGAAGAGGAUGAGGAGGAAUUUGAUGAGUUGGAUCAGCGUGAGGAAGGCCAGUUUUGGGCCACUAGUGAUGAUCCGGUGGAGCAAGCAGAGAGCCUGAUGUAUGACCCGGAGUCUGAUGAUGAGCGGCCCUCACCUGAACCUGUUAUCUCCUUGUUUGCUAUUGGAAAACUCUGCAGGUAUGGUUUUGACAGGGAGCGCAGCAAACAGGCGCUGGAGAGUGGAGGAGGGGAUUUCGGGGCGACUUUGGAGCAGCUCCUCCACCAAAUUUUCAGCGAGCGCUAUGGCCAGAAGGCAGUUUCCCCUGACAACCUUGCAGCAGUGCCUAUGGAUGAGUGCUUAAACCAGAGGCAGGAGGAAGCUCUGGCGCUGGCUGCCAUUUAUGGAGAGCGCUUCAGCGAGCGUAUAGCCAAUGCAGUCUGGACAGUAACGCUGGAUCUUUCAUUCCUCUCAAACAAGUCUGCCAAGAAUAGCAAAGACUCAGCUGGUCGGACCAGUGGACAAUCUGCAAACAAUAGCGCCAUCUGCAAAUUCUACUUGAAGGGUCAAGGCUGCCGGUUCGGAGACAAAUGCAAGUUCAGACAUGAACUGGCCACCAAAGGGAAGUCUGGGGCUGGUUCCUCAGACCUGAAGGGCCCCAGCCAGCCCGGCUUCAGCAGCUACUCUCCUCCUGAGUAUGAACUGGAAAUCCGUUUCCCCAAAGGAAACCGUUACCCGUUUCAGGCACCGAUAGUUGCCUUCAGUACCAAUGACGAGUCUGUAGGGGCUGCAGGGAGGCUGAGCGUCACAGAGAGAUUAUUUGGAGAAGCUCUGGCUGCAGCGAAGAGCAGCGAACCUGUUGUUUUCACUCUGAUAACCUUAUGUGAGGAUGAGGAUGCCAUGAAGGAACUGUUGGCUGUCAGUCAUCACAAAUACAGCACGCCGCCACCUGUUGUGGUUGUUUCCCCGCCUUCUCUUGCCAUAGCAAAGAGUAAGAGUGUGAGGAGCAAUACCUCUGAGGAAAGCAGGAGUAGCACCAGCAGUGUUAAUCACACAAACAGCAGGAGGAAUGUGCCACCCAACAACCAGAAACCCACAGACCUGAAAGAGACAGAAGAAGCAGAAGAGCUGAAUGAAAGGGAUGAGGAUGAGGAAGACCAGGCUGUUCCAGUUGAGAAUGAAAGUUACGUCAAUCUGAGGAAGAAGAUGGUGAACAGGCACAAUCAGAAGAUUAGCAACCUGCUGCAAGAAAACGGCAAGCUGUGCAGGGAGUUCCAGAAGAAGCAGUCAUCCAGGCGCUUCAGAUCCAUGCUGGAAGAGAGGAAGAACCUCCCGGCUUGGCAAGAAAAGGAGAACAUCCUGGAUUUGUUGGACCACUGUCAGGUGCUGGUGGUCAGUGGGAUGACUGGGUGUGGUAAGACGACUCAGAUCCCUCAGUUUAUCCUGGACGCCUCUUUAACUGGUCCUGCAGCUCAGGUGGCCAACAUCAUCUGCACACAACCGCGACGCAUUUCUGCCAUUUCUGUGGCUCAGAGGGUGGCACAAGAACGUGCAGAGAGUCUGGGCAAAUCAGUGGGUUACCAGAUCCGCCUGGAGACUGUCAGGACGUCGGCCACCAGACUGCUGUACUGCACCACAGGCGUCCUGCUGAGGAGGCUGGAGGGUGAAGCAGACCUGAAAGACGUGACACAUGUAAUCGUGGAUGAGGUGCACGAGCGAACAGAGGAGAGCGACUUCCUGCUCUUGGUGCUCAAAGACUUGAUUGCACAAAGGCCAGAUCUGAAGAUCAUUCUAAUGAGUGCCACUCUUAACGCCAACCUCUUCUCUGACUAUUUCCACAACUGCAGUACUGUCCACAUACCAGGACGUACGUUCCCUGUUGACCAGUUUUUCCUUGAAGAUGCCAUCACUAAAUCUGGCUAUGUCAUUGAGGAUGGCAGCCCUUUUAUGCGCUCAGGGAAACAGAAUCCGUCUUCCACUGGUGGACGAGGCAGCAAAGGUGAUCCCAGGAACGUGGUGGAUGACUUGGGCGAGGACGUGUGGAACUUCAUGUCUUUUUGUAAGAAGGACUUUGUCAAAGACUCGAUCCCAGACCAGCAGCUCAGCCUCCAGGACCUCACAGUCAGAUAUAAAGAUGCUAAGAAGUCUGUGAUCAAGACCAUCGCUGCAAUGGACCUGGAUAAGAUCAACAUGGACCUGGUGGAAAGCCUGCUGGAGUGGAUAGUAGAUGGAAAACACAACUACCCACCAGGCGCCGUGCUGGUAUUUCUGCCAGGCCUCGCUGAGAUCAAGAUGCUCUACGAACAGCUCCAGUCCAACAGAAUGUUCAACAACAGGGGUGCAACCAGAUGUGUGGUGUAUCCACUUCACUCAACUUUGUCCAACGAGGAGCAGCAGGCAGUUUUCAGUCGGCCUCCAGAAGGAGUCACAAAGAUCAUCAUCUCCACCAACAUCGCUGAGACUUCGGUAACCAUUGACGACGUGGUGUAUGUCAUUGACUCCGGCAGGAUGAAGGAGAAAAGGUAUGAUGCAUCUAAAAGCAUGGAGAGCCUGGAGGACUCGUGGGUUUCUCGGGCCAACGCACUGCAGAGGAAGGGUCGAGCGGGUCGCGUGGCCUCGGGGGUCUGCUUCCACCUCUUCACCAGCCACUGCUUCCAACACCAGCUGGCUGAACAACAGCUGCCUGAGAUCCAGAGAGUGCCCCUCGAGCAGCUCUGCCUUCGAAUCAAAAUCCUGGACGUUUUCGCGGAGCAGACACUGGAGUCGGUCUUCUGUCGGCUCAUCGAGCCUCCGGCGAUGGGAAGCCUGGACGCGGCCAAGCAGCGCCUUCAGGACCUUGGAGCUCUGACUGCAGAUGAGAAGCUGACCCCGCUGGGCUACCACCUGGCCUGCCUGCCUGUCGACGUGCGCAUUGGAAAACUCAUGCUGUUCGGCGCCAUCUUCCGCUGCCUCGACCCAGCGCUCACCAUCGCUGCCAGUCUGGCUUUCAAGUCGCCGUUUGUGUCACCAUGGGAUAAACGAGAGGAAGCCAAUGAGAAAAAACUGGCCUUUGCUGUGGCCAAUAGUGACCAUCUAGCUUUGUUACAGGCAUAUAAGGGAUGGUGCUGCGCUGCAAAGAACAGUAACCAGGCCGGCUUCCGUUACUGCAGGGAGAACUUCCUGUCUUGGCGUGGUUUGCAGGAGAUCGCCAGUCUGAAGAGACAGUUUGCUGAGCUGCUGUCAGACAUCGGCUUCAUCAAAGAGGGACUGAGGGCCAGAGUUAUUGAGCGAAUGUCCUCCAAAGGCACUGAUGGUAUUUUGGAGGCUACUGGUCCUGAGGCAAACCUCAACUCAGAAAACAUCAAGCUGAUGUCUGCGAUGCUGUGUGCUGCUCUCUAUCCCAAUGUGGUCCAGGUCCGAGCUCCUCAGGGGAAUUACAAGAUGACCAGCAAAGGAGCGAUGAAGAUGCACCCCAAAGCCAACGAGCUGCGCUUCAUGACCAAGAAUGAUGGCUGUGUCCACGUCCACCCCUCGUCUGUCAACUACACGGUUCGACACUACAACAGCCCGUACUUGGUCUACCACGAGAAGGUGAAAACGAGCCGAGUUUUCAUCAGGGACUGCAGCAUGGUGUCCGUUUACGCGCUGGUGCUGUUCGGAGGCGGUCAGAUCAACAAGGACAUCCACAAAGGAGAGUUCGUCAUCUCCCUGGAUGACGGAUGGAUCCGAUUUGCUGCCUCAUCGAAUCAGGUGGCUGACCUGGUGAGCGAGCUGCGCUUUGAGCUGGACCAGCUCCUGGAAGAUAAAAUCAGGAACCCGAGCGUGGACCUGUGCAGCUGCCCUCGCGGCUCACGCAUCAUCCACAUGAUUGUCCACCUCAUCUCCACUCAGUAGCGCCGCUGCUGAGUGUCCCUUUUCGUCACCCUCAAGGGCUUAAGUGCAUGGAGCUCUGCAGUGUAGAUGUCUUUGUGCUCCUACAUCACUGCCACAGUUUCACAUCUCACUCCAAAAAACAAAUCUGGCUGAAAAUUAGUAUUACAUCUACUGAAAAUAAAAACGGGGCCAGUAUUGCGCUUGAAGGACAUUCAUGAACCACUCUGCUGUCAGGUCACACUUUAGUAUCAGUUUACACAGAGCUGUUGUUCUGUCGCUGCACAAAGCAAAUUUUGCCUUCACUGAAAAAAAGAAGAAAAACGGCUCCAUGCAGGUGAUCGAUAAACCUCUAGCAUUGUAGUUACUGGAUUGCUUUGUUUCAAAAGUCUUAUUUUGAUAUUUGAAAUGCAGCAAAAGAAAGGAUCUUGUGUUUUGAUGCCGUUCUGCUGCAGUAUGUGCAGUGAACUGGCACACAGUCGAUUGAGUUGAUGUCACCUGUAUUUGUAUACAGUGCAUUUUUAAUUUGGGUUGUGCGUCUCGCUCACAACAGAGGAUUUUUUGGGUCCAUAUUGGAUGUCUUAACCCUAAGCGGACUAUUUAUUUGUGAUGCAUGAUUGAGAGAUCCAAGAGCUUCUGCAUGGUGUUCAGUUGCUUUACAUUUGCUGAAUGUAUCUAAAUAUUACAGUGAUGUCAAAACCACAUUUUCACAAUGUGAAUGCAAGGGCUUUUUAAAUAUGGGGCAGAUUUUGUGGGAGUUGCCAAAGAAUUUAAAAGCUUUUGUCUUAACACAUGAAGAUUUCCACUGCACGAUAAAUAAAAAAAAAAGUGAAUAAA